CGUGGAAAUCCGGUAUUGAAAGCUAUCAAGAACGUCCCGCAAGAGCUGGGCGAUAUUCCGGCGGAUUACCAGGUGGGGACACAUACAGGCGUCUUGUUCCUUAGUCUGAAGUACCACCGCUUGCAUCCGGAGUAUAUUCAUGGUCGUAUCGAAAAGAUGCGCAAUAUAUACAACCUACGCGUCCUAAUCAUCCUUUGCGACGUCAGCGAGCACCAGCAAUCCCUUCGCGAACUCACAAAGAUCGCAAUCGUCAAUAACCUCUCCACCAUCGUCGCCUGGUCGAACGACGAGAUCGCCCAGUACCUCACGACCUUCAAGCAAUUCGAGCACAAGUCGGCCGAUACGCUAAAGGAGAAGGUACAUCAGACGUAUCAUGAUCAGCUUCAGCACGUUUUGACGAGCGGGAAGAAGGUCAACAAGACGGAUGCUGUCAACCUGGCGAGCCAAUUUGGAUCCUUCGCCAGCAUGUCUGCCAAGUCGCCACAAAUCCUCGCUGGCGUCAAAGGGCUUGGAAAAGCCAAAGUGGACACCCUCCAUGAUGCUUUCUCCAAGCCAUUC